UUAAGAGUGUGACGUCUAGCGGAAGUAAACAAAGCAGGCGCUAGCACUGUUAGCUCUGUGGAUGUAUUCUUAGCUGGAAGCGGAUAUUUACAGUCGUAACGCAAGCAUAUGUAAUUUAAUUUGCAAUUUUGCAACAAUGUCUUCAGUUCAGUAUUUAAGAGAGUUUAUUAACGAGAGACUAACUGCUGCUGCUGAAGAAAUAUUCGGAGUUUUUGAGAAAAUGGUCGUCGACUACGAAGAAGAGAUCGACCGUCAGCGCAGACUGCUGGAUAUAGCUUGGAAACCUGAUAUUAAGUUACUCAGGAUAGAGCUUCCACAGCAACAUGUCUGUAAGGAGGAGGAGGAGGUUCUCGCCGACCAGCAGCUCUGUAUUCAGGAGAGGAGCUCCAGUGUGGAGCAAGAGGAGCCAGAGCCUCCACAAAUUAAAGAGGAAGAGGAGGAACUGUGCAGCAGUCAGGAGGGAGAGCAGCUUGAAGUGAAGCAGGAGACUGAUGACUUUAUGUUGACUCCUACUUAUGAGGAUAGUGACCACAGUGAGGAUCAGAGUUUGAACUUGAUUAUUGAUGAAACUCAAAAUGCGGUGGAGAAAAACUUUAUAAACUACAUUUUAGUUAAACGCUCUGUGGUCUCGGAACCAAACAGUGACCACCAGCUCCUCUCUCACAACUCUCAUGCAGCUGAGAGCCAAGUUCAGGUAGAUGGCAAGCAUGGAGACUCAGGUUUGACUGGAAAUGCAGAGCAAACACAACCGAAUCAACAUCACAACAAUAGCAGUCACACUAAUAAUGUAUCCAACCCUGCUAUGUCAACAGUUUACUGUAAUACUCAGACAGGUAAAAUGUCUUUCAAAUGUGACACAUGUGGGAAAGCUUUAAACUGUAAGUCAGCUUUGAAGAGACACCUGAUAACACACACAGGUGAGAGGCCAUAUUCUUGCCAAACAUGCGGGAAAGAUUUCGGACAUAAUAGUGACUUGAUAGUCCACAUGAGAAUGCACACAGGCGAGAAGCCAUAUCCUUGCAACACCUGUGGGAAAGGAUUCACUAAGGCGUCAGUAUUGAAGGCUCACAUAAGAACACACACAGGUGAGAGGCCGUACUCUUGCCAAACAUGUGGGAAAGAUUUUGGACGUAACAGUGACUUGACUGUCCACAUGAGAAUCCACACAGGCGAGAAGCCGUUCACGUGCAAAACAUGUGGCAGAGCUUUCAGACUUAUCGGCCACUUGAUAGGCCACAUGAGAACUCACACAGGUGAGAAGCCGUAUCUUUGCAAAACAUGUGGGGCAGCUUUCAGACAUAGUAGCCACCUAAUAGGCCACAUGAGAACCCACACAGGUGAGAAGCCGUUUAUAUGCAAAACAUGUGGGAGAGCUUUCAGACUUAGAAGUCACUUGAUGAGCCACAUGAAUACCCACACUGGGGAGAAGCCACAUACUUGCAACACCUGCGGGAAAAGCUUUUGUCGGAUGUCACUAUUGAAGUCUCAUUUGAGAAUCCAUACAGAUGACAGGAGCCCUGUUCUUGCAACACAUGCAGAAGAGGUUACGGAUGUAAUCGUGACCUUAUAAGCCACAUGAGAACCCACACAGGAGAGAAGCUGCUUACAUGCAAAAGGUGGGAGAGCUUACUUGAAGAAAAACACCUGAGAACUGAUAUACACAGGAGAAACCAUCAAGGAGAAACCCCCAUGAAGAUGUGUUCACU